AUGUCAUCCAAAAUUCAAGAAACAUUUAAAGAUUAUGGCAAAGGAACUUAUCAUUUCGCAGGAAAAGUAGUUGAUGCUGUAGCACCUUAUAUACCAUUAUUCGAUAUCGCAACGAAAUUAAUUAAAGAAAUUAUUGAUCUUCACGAUGCGGCUCAAUAUAAUAAAAAUACAUGCGCUAGGUUAAUGGAACGUGUGAUUGACGCUCGGGGUGCGAUUGAAAAAUUGCAACGGACCAAAAAAAGUAAUGAAGAAAAAUUUAAAGAUCAAAAUUUUUAUAAUACUUUUCAAAGAUUUACGAAUACUUUAACUAAGAUUAAAGCAUUCGAGGAAGAAUUAUCAAAAAUGGGGAAUUUUAGAAAAACGUUUGAGGCAAGUUUAAUCAAAGAUAAGUUUAUAAGCUUGACAAGUGAAUUUGACACUGCAAUGAGAGAUUUAAAUUUCAGUAUGAUGGUUGAUAAUGAAGCACAAAGGAAAAGAGAUUUUGAAAGUUUAGAAGAAGACCAUGACGAAAUAAAAAAGCUUCUUAUUUAUACUAGAGAAACUGUAAUUGAAAAGGUCGAAAAAGUUGUUCAAGAAGUUCAAGUAAUGAAGUCACAACUUGAAGAUAAAAUUGAUAAUAUUCAUGAUCAAUUGGGAGAUAAACCAGUUUUUAAACCACCAAAAAUAGAUGCUAACCAACGGUCAAGUUUAGGAGAGUUACUUAUAGGAAUAGAAGAACUGUCCGAAAAGUACGUUGAACGUGGCGCAUUACCAAAGAUAUAUCCAGACAAACAACUAGACCUAGAUGGAACAAGAUGCUCUAAUGAUUAUGAUGAUGAUUUUGAAGGUUUAACACUUGGUGAUCAUCUCGAUAUAAAGACAAUCAUGCCUUUUGAUGAAGGGUUAAAAAUUCAUCAGCAAAUAAGAAAAAAUGAAUCUAGCGAAAAAGCAGAUACAAAUACAGAAAUACGUAUGAAGCGUUCAUUAAUAAUUUCUACUUCAAGGGUUGCUUCAUGA